CAUCACUCUACCUCAGAGUUUCCCAGUUCUGGGUGAAAAGUAGAGCAAGCCAAAAUGAAGAGCCUCAAGGCAAAAUUUAAAAAGAAUGAGGGAGGUGACAGGCCGAUGGUCGUCAGGUGGCUGUCUUUGUGGAGGUCCCAGUGCUGACAGUCUGUGUGUGUGUGGAGUGCUGGGUGUCAGUGUCAUGGAGCAGCAGGGAAGCAGGCCAGUCUGCAGACUGAUGCUGUGACCAGAGCUCUCAGCGAGGAGAGAGUGAAUGUGUGUGUGUUCCUGAGAGACAGAAAUAAGGCGUGUGUGCCCGGUAAUGAGACUGCAGACUGAGUACGAAUGGCCCAGAGUGCAGCAGCAGCAGCAGGAAAAGAGGAAGGAGUUUUGGCUGAGAGCAGACCACUGCGUAUGGACAGUGACGUUACUGGGAGAGCGCUGGCAGAUUACGCGUUCAUAUAGAUACUGUACGUACAGCCUUUAUGUUUGUGCCGCGUCAUCAUGAAUUUGCUGUCGUACGUUUGUUCUCUUACAGAGCGCGGAGGUUGGUUUUCACGCUCAGUAUUUAGUACUGUUUGUCGUUUAGUCAAAUGCUCUGUCAUUCAGUCAGGGUCGAUGUCUGUGGACUGGUGAGGAGAGUGUGUGACAUCUCCCUGUCCAUAUUUUGGUCAGGCAGUGCACCCCUUGCUCCAUGGAUAGUCAACUAGCCGAAUGACUCGCUAUUUGUGUCCUUGUUUCAGCUUGUUGGUGAGCCAGGACUGGAGUAAGAGCGAUGAGAGGCUGCUGCAGGCUGUGGAGCAGAACGAACCUGACAAAGUAGCCACUUUGAUGGUAAAGAAGGGACUCUGUCCCACCAAACUGGACCCCGAGGGGAAGUCUGCGUUCCAUCUCUGUGCGUCUCGGGGGCGCCUGGACUGCCUGGAAGUCAUCCUGGCUCACGGGCCUGACAUUAACGUGACAGAUGGCACAGGCUUGAACGCCCUUCACCUAGCAGCGAAGAACAGCCAGCCGCAGUGCCUUAAGAGACUGUUACAGGAGAGACUGCCUGUAGACUCCACAGACAUCUUUGGCCGGACAGCUCUGCAUCAUGCAGCUGUGAGCGGCUGCUUGUCCUGCACAGAGACUCUGUGGGAUUUCAAGGCCAGCCUGGAUGCCCAGGACGGGGAUGGCGCCACCCCGUUGAUCCUAGGAGCCCAGAUGAGCAGAGUUAAGCUGUGUUCUUUCCUGUUGAACCGAGGAGCCAACCCCAACAUACAGGACAGCCAGGGGCGGUCAGCCCUGAUGCUGGCAUGUGAGAGCGACGGUGCAGAGGCCGUGGAGGCUCUGCUAAGAGCAGGAGCUGACCCACAGCUGUCAGACGCCCUGGCUCAUGAUGCAGCCCACUACAGCGUAACCACUGGCAACCAACGCAUCACCCAGCUGUUGCAGAACGGAGCUCCAGCCACUGGCAGUGAUGAGGAGGAGCGGCAGCCCCCACCUCCCCCUCCCCUGCCGGGGGGGAACACUCCUCGUAAGAGGAAAGCUCCUCCUCCACCAGGAUCCUCUCCCCAGGGAUGCUCACCUUCUCCUGCCCCCCGAAGCCCUCCUCCUCCUGCUUCUCCUGAGCCCCAGACCCAGAGCCCCUCUCCCUCUGCUCAGUCCCCAGAAGCAAAGCGCUCUGCUCAGGCUAACCUUACGGAGGACGAGGAGGUGUUCGAGGAGAUCCGCAGGCUGCGUCUGGAGCGGGGCCGUCUGCUCCAGAAAAUCAAAGGCCUGGAGCAGCAGAACAGUGCCAACACCGCUGCAGAAGAGCUCACCCUGCUGAAGGAGCGGCUGGAGCAGGCGGAGGCGGAGCGGGACAGGCUGCGGACGGAGCUGGAGGAGUUGAGGGCGUGUCAGGUGGUUGGGACCAGCGACUCGGACGAUGACAUGCUGGACUUCAUGGGGGCGGAGAAGCUGCUGUCGAGGCGGUCGAGAGAGUGUCCUUCUGAUCCGGAUGAGGCGGACACAGACUUAGCCGACCCGGCCUCUGCCGAAGCGGCGGACCCAGGCACUGUGGCUGAACUACGAAGACAGGUGGAGGAUCUGACCUCUCAGAACCAGGAGCUGGUCCUCAAAGUGCAGAUGUUGGAGAUGUUUGAGAAAGACGACACCGACAUGCAGACAUCCGGGCCAGACUUCGUCCCCGUGGCUCUGUAUGAUUCACUGAGGAGAGAGUUUGAUGCUCUCCAGGAGCGCUACUCCCAAGCCCAGGGUUCAGCUGAGACCCCCAGCAUGGCAGGAGAGGAGUGUGAGGAGACGGUGGAGGUAGGAGAGGGGGAGUCGGGAACAGAGGGGACAGAGGGGGAGAGCAGUGAGGUGUUGCGGGAAAGGGUUCGUGGGUUAGAGGAGCAGCUGGCCCACUCCCAGUCCGAGCUGGAGGAGCUGAGAGAACAGGUGCAUCUGGGAGUCUAUUCAGUGGAAGAGGCGGGGGGGGGAGCGGUGACCCACACGGGCAGCAGCGAGGGGGCGAGUCAGGAGACGCAGCAGCUGAGAGAGAGAGUGAGGGAGCUGGAGGAGGCACUGAAGGAGGGACAGAGACAGGGGGAGGAGAGUGCAGGGGACAGUGACACGGUCAAACAGCUGAGAAAGAAAGUUGAGGAGCUACAGGCAGCCCCGGAGGAGAAAGAGUCGGGAGAAAAGGAGGACGGAGGGGAGAGCGAACCAGCGAGGAGCCUCAGGGAGAAGGUGCGCGAGCUGGAAGCUGCCCUGGCAGAGAGCAAGGACAGGGUGGAGGUGAAGCCAGACGGGGAGGUGGUAGGGAGGCUGCAGGAACGUGUGAGGGAGCUGGAGCAGGAACUGAGGGACUGCGUGCCCCGGUCGGAGCUGGAGGAGGUGCAGGUGACCCUGGGUUUGCAGUGUGAGCAGCUGGCCAGGGAGAGGGCGGAGGCCAGUCUGAGACUCAACGAGGCCCUACUGGAACUGGAGAGACUACGACCACCCAGCCCACAGCCUCAAGGAGACGAGGAGGAGGAGGAGGAGGAGGAGGAACGGUCCGAGGGCUCAGAGCCGUCCAUCACAUCAGAGCGAUCCCUGAGACGAGUAAGGGAGGAACUGGAAGUGGCGAGGCAGGAAGCAGCUCAGGCUCUGGACUGCCUGUGUGCGGAGCGUGAGGGUCGGGCUCAGGACACGCUUCGCCUGAAAGACGCCGUACCGCUUUCUCAACACAUGGAGGAGCUGUCGGCCCUGUCAGAGCAGCUGGCCCAGACCGCCCAGGAGCUGCAGUCUGAGAGGGCCCUGCGAUGCCACGCCCAGACUGAGGCGGCGAGGCUAGAGGCCCGGCUACAGGCCACAGAACAGGACCUCAUACCCAGGGAGGAGCACGACAGAGUCAAGGCAGAGCUGCAGCGUUCCCUGGAGGCUAGUGAGAGCAGUGCAGCAGAGGCCAAAGAGGCUCUGAGUGACAAGGAGGCGGAGCUGAGAGAACUCCGGUCCCAGAAGGCCGUAGAACAGGGCCUGGUGUCCAAGGAGGACCACGAGUCCCAGCGGCUCUCAUUACAGGCUGAGAUCAACACACUCACCGCCCAAUUCAACGACCUCACACGCAAACACGAGAAGACCUGCACCGAGGUGUUUCAGGUGCAGCGGGAGGCUCUGUUCAAUAAGAGUGAGCGUCAGGUAGCUGAAGCUCAGCUGGCCACGGUGCAGCAACAGCUGGCUGACCUGCAGGCCCAGUCCAGCCACGUCCAGGAGCUCCACAAAAACAUACAGGACUCCCAGGGCCUGGUCAAGGAGAAGGACCGCAAGAUAACAGAGCUGUCUAAGGAGGUGUUCCGUCUGAAGGAGGCUUUGGGGGCUCUUAGUCCUCCUCUGGGUCUCUCCUCCCACUCCUCCUCCCAGUCUGAAAAAGCCCCCCCUGUGAACCCCGGCCAGCAGAUGGCGCUGCAGAACAGAGUGGCUGCACUCUCUAAAGAGCUCCAGGAUUGGGAACGAAGGCACAGACAAGUUGUAGCUGUGUACCGAUCCCACCUGCUGGCAGCUGUUCAGGGCCGGAUGGAUGAAGAGGUAAAAGGACUGUUACUGCAGAUAUUGAGGAUGUCACACAAGGACCAGGGGCAUUGACCGAACCAGGCCAACAGACAAGAGAGAAUACUCACUAGUGCACACUGGAAGACACUAUGAAGACGCUUGUACUGUACCACCUACUACUGCUGUGAGCACAGUACUGCUGAAACCACUGUACUAGUCUGUUUUGAAGACAGCUGCAUCCAGUACAGUAUGUGUAGCCCUGGCCCGUUCAUGACUGAACUGUAUGUAACAUACAUGACCAGGUAGUUUUCUAUUCUCAGAAAUAGACAGUGUAGUUAUAAGAAGAAUGUACCAGAUCUUAAUAGAUUGCUAAGCUUACUGAUACUAUGACUGAUAUUCUUACAGUAAAGAACUUCUGCCUCUAA